AUGACGUGGUGGAUAGACGCCAAGGUCGGAGCAGCAGUCGGAGUCACCGACGUUGCUCUGGUGUAUCCACUUGCUGUUCUGGCGACACGGAGAGAAGCAGGCAUGCCCAUGAGAACAGCGCUGGCUCAAGGGCGCCUGUGGGCGGGGGGUUGGACAGCAGGGACUUUGCUGAUCCCGUACUCGAUUGGGGUUGAGACCUUGAGCAACGGAGUGAGGAGGACAACGACGAGGAUGCUGGGGAUGGAGGAGGAUAGUAUGACCUGCCAGGUUGCGGCAGCGGCAGCGACGUCGGGAGUGAUUACGUUCUUUGGGUUGCAGCCGAUCGAGAAGAAGAUGGUGGGUUGUUGUGCGGGAGAAUCGUCGGGAGAUGAUGAACGAUUCUCCCACGUGUUCUGCUACACGAAGACGCACGGUCUUCGCGCCUUGUACGGCGGAGUGACUCCUCUCUUCCUCCGCGAGUUCGUCUACGUCUUCGCCAUCACCGUGGCGAACCCGCAGGUCACCAAGCUGGUUGAGCGGGAGAUCCAUGCGUUCAAGAUGGAGCGACACGCCUCCAUCUUCGGAGGCUUCGGGGCCUUCCUGAUCGGAACCUCUGCAGGGUUGGUCACUGCUCCCUUCCAGACCCUCAAUGCGUUGAUGAAGAGUGAGGCAAACAGGGGGCAGAGGAUGCUUCACGUGCUGCAGGAGAUGUUUCAGCGAGGAGCUCUGCCGGGCAUCAACCGUCUUUGGUAUGGAGCUGCGACUCGCAGCAUGAGGACUGGAGGAGCCGGAGUUUUGUACUACUCGUGA